UAACACGCAGCGUUGCCACCGGGCCGUCCAAUCAGGGGAGAGGAAAUUCAAACGGCGAGGCGGUUAGUCGAUCGCGAGCUCGAGCGUAGCUUCUGGCUUUCGGCUGCUCGCCCGGGAUGAUGAAGACUCAGGCCGGUGGCCGCCCGGCUUUGGUACGGACUUACGGGAAAUACAGACAGCGGACCGUAAAAGCACCCAAGUGGUUGAGUCCCGAGACGGGCAGAGAACAUCUUUUCUCGUCGUCAGACUCAAUCGAUAACAGUGGCCAUUCCAGCAGCAGCAGCAGUAACCCGUCCUUCAAAUCCAAAAAGAAAAGGCAACAGAAAGUAUUGCCGAAUGUUUCAAAUGCUAAAGCGACAGCAAAGAAAAAUGUUGGAAAGCUAACAAGUAGCAAAAGUCACAAGAGAAAACAUUCUUAUGUAUUCAGAGGCCGAGGAGUUUUACAUGAUAAAAACCAUAGCUCCAUUUCCACAGAAGAUGAAUGUCAGGAAAACUGCAUGUUUACGCAAGACAAAGAAAAUUAUUUUGUUCCUGUUACUAGCAGCAGAAUGGAAGGAAUCAUAAAAGAAUCUCCAAAUCUAAAAUAUGUCACAUAUCGGCGGAAACUGCGGAAUUGCAAAACUAUAUCAAAUCAACUUGUGAAUACCCAGCUUCAAAUGAAAAAGAAGGAAUUGCUUGGAUCCCUAAUAGAAUCUUCAGAAUCAUCUAUCUCUUUUAAUAAACCAAAAAAGGCAUGCAGAAUUUCUUGCGAAGCUAAGAAGUUUAGUUGUAAUUCCAGAGCUGUAAGGAAGCUGGAUAGAUCCCCACUGCAGACGAGCACACCUUCUUGUACAAGGAAAUCAAAAAUCAAGGAACCAUCAAGAUGUAUCAUUUCAUUCAACAGUGAAAUUGAGCAUGGCAUAUGGAAGAACAAUGCUGAACCUUACAUUGAGGAAAGUAUUGACCAUCCCAGUACAGUGGGAACUUGUUGCACCCGGAGUAGCAACACUUCGUGUAAGGCAGUUUCCUCUACAGAACACUCAAAUAAUUCAGAGUUUGUUGGAUUGUCUCCAAAGAAGUUAGGUGGAAUUUGUAGUCUUGAAGCUGAUUGUAAACCUGUAGCUUCUGCGUCUUUGGAGGAACAUCUUGAGCAUAUAGAUUCAAUAACAUCGCACUUAUUUCAACCCCACAAAGAUGAUUUCAGUCAUACCUUGCACAGUACCUUCAAUAAUAGUGUUGAGUUGUUUUCUCAUGUUACUGAAGAAUCAGCUGUGUCUCCUCAGGCUGAUUUAGUUAAUGGAGUAGAUGAUCCAAAAGUGUUUGUGAGAAAUUCUUUAGUGAAGUCAGGAUUGCUUAACUAUACAUCAAAUCUUGAUUUGGUAACUGAACAGGAACACACUGCCAGUAAGAACAUUGUUUCCAAAUUGAGCUUGCAGCCUGUGGUACAAUUAGAUUACUUUUCAGUUUUUAGAUAUUUCCAUGAAAGAAGAUCGGUGUCAUCUGUCGAAGAUGACUCUUCCAAGGUAGGUUCAUCACAAGGUACAGUUGCAAAAAAGCAGCGAGUUAUUAAUCAUUUACGUGAAAAAUUAACACCCCAAAAAAGUGGGAGGACAUCUUUCAAUUGGGUGGCUCUUCAGCCUAAUGUGGUACUUAGUCCUCUUGAGCUAAAGUGGCAAUUACCAACAAAGAAAGUUAUGACAAAUCCAGUAAAACGAAGUCUAGCUGAUGGCUCUUUUAAUAAUGAACAUGAUGGCAGUUUUCAUCUGUUAAGAAAAAAGUGCAGACAAACAGAUUGCAUGAAUCUGAAAUCAUCUUUGUCUUCAAUGUACUCUAAUUCCCAAGAUGGGAAGUCUGGUAAGGGGUCUACAGCUGAUGCAGACUGCUUCAAACAUAUAAAAAACCAACAAAAGAGAAAAACUAUUUCAAUGAAAGAUGGCUACUCCUUAAAAGCAAAUUGCCUAUCUGGACAAAGGAACCUACUCAGUGACAAUGCUUCUAGUAUCUUUGACAAACAGAGCAGCUUCUCUGCUUCAGCAUUUCAAAAAAAUACAGAUCCUGCUUCAGUCACUGUGAAAAGUGCAGAAAAGUCCACAGUGGAUUUAUAUGGGCAUCCAGAAUCUCAAAUGACUGAGAUAAAAAACUUGAAGUCAACACUUAUGAGUUCGUCAGUUUCUACUCCUUUAGGCUCACGUAAUUGGUCAAGGUUCAAAGCAGCUCAUUCGAUUCACAAAAGAAAGAAAGUCAUUGUUACACCUUUGAGAUCUGAUUGCACCAUGUCACUUCAAAGCACUCCAGAGUCAACUUAUCUUUCAAGAACAGAAAAUUUUAAUGAUCGUAGCCUGAAUAAGUUGGUUUCAAUGGCAAAUUUUUCUGCAACUCCACUUAGCAAUAGAAUGAGAGGAUCCAGAAGUCCCCUUAUGGAAAAAUGGCCACCAAUUCUGCAGCCAGUAUUUCUUACAGAUGAAGAGAAAGUGUACUGUGAAUGUCAGCAAAAUGGCCCAGUUUCUUUUAAAGAAUGCAUACCAUCCACCAUGCUAGAGAAGUGUGAGAAAAUCGGAGAGGGAAUCUUUGGGGAAGUGUUUCAGAUGACAAAUAAUGAUGGAAAAUACGUGGUCUUCAAGAUAAUCCCUAUCGAAGGGGGGAAGCUUGUGAAUGGUGAAUCUCAGAAGAAAUUUGAAGAGGUCCUGCCUGAAAUAAUAAUUUCGAAGCAAUUAAGUCAACUGAGUGAAGAAAGUGAAAACUGCUCAAAUGGAUUUAUUACCUUACAUUCUGUGCAUUGUGUAAAAGAUUCUUAUCCUCUGGAGUUACUUAAAGCUUGGGACAAGUAUAAUCAAGCCAAGUCUUCGGAAAAUGACCGUCCAGAUGAAUCAUGUGAAGAACAACUUUACAUCAUUUUUGAAUUUGAAAAUGGCGGUUAUGAUCUCGAAAGUUUGAGGACAAAGAUACCUUCUCUUGAAUCAGCAAGAAGUAUACUGCAUCAAGUAACUGCAUCCUUGGCUGUUGCCGAAAAUGCUUUAAAUUUUGAACAUAGAGACUUGCACUGGGGAAAUGUUCUUAUCAAGAAAACUACCAUCAAACAAAUUGAAUACAAAUUGUGUGGGAAGACUUUCAACAUUGACACUCAUGGAUUUGUGGCCAAUAUUAUUGAUUAUACAUUGUCAAGAAUGGGAACAGAUGAUGUUGUACAUUUCUGUGAUCUUUCCUCUGAGGAUAGUUUCUUUUGUGGACAAGGAGAUUACCAAUUUGAGAUAUACAGAAAAAUGAAGGAGGAAAAUCUUAACAACUGGGCAGAAUAUAAUCCUCACACAAAUGUGUUAUGGUUGCAUUACUUGGCUGACAAAAUGUUAAGCAUGCAGUACAAGAAAAGAAACACCAAAGCACACAGAAUACUUAAAGAAACCUUUAAGGAGUUCAUGCAAGAAUGUCUAGAGUAUCAGUGUGCUGUAGAUGUACUAACAUCAACUCAACUGUUUCAAAAAAGCUGAAAUAUUUUAUUUUUAUCUCAGACAUGUAAAUAAACUUGCAUGACCUUUAAA